GCAGAUGAGUAAAACAGUUUGGUUUGAUUCACGUUUGGUGGGUGCAAUAUGUUUGUUUGUGUUUUGUUCAUUUCCUAGUGGAAAUAAUUGAAAAACUCUCUCGGGAAACUCUUAAAUAUUAUGUUGGCUAUCUGGUAAACAUUGAAAUUGUGUUGAGGCGUUCAGUUUCAGUGAUUUUAUUUAAUGAACUGCGUCAGCGAGCGAGAAUCGGUUUUUGAGGUUAUACACCUUUCGAUUGUUUUGUUCCACUGUGUCGGUUCUCUAUGAUGGAAUUGGAAAUAGUUGUGUCGUUGGGUAGCUGUAGUGUCUUAUCGAUUUUCGUUUCUAAUUUAUAGUUCGGAAUAUUGAAGCUAAUAAGUAGUGGCAAAAUGUAUCCAGCUACUUCAAGGCAUCCCUCUGCAGCGGGCCCGCCACCUCAGGGUGGCCAAAUAAAAUUUACAAUAGCGGAUACCUUAGAGAGGAUAAAAGAAGAAUUUAAUUUUUUACAAGCCCAGUACCAUUCGUUGAAACUAGAAUGCGAGAAAUUAGCUAGCGAAAAGACUGAAAUGCAACGGCACUACGUCAUGUACUACGAAAUGUCCUAUGGCCUUAACGUGGAAAUGCACAAACAGACUGAAAUAGCAAAACGCUUAAACGCCAUCAUAGCCCAAGUACUGCCCUUCCUGGCCCAGGAGCAUCAGCAACAAGUGGCGACAGCUGUCGAAAGGGCCAAGCAAGUUACCAUGACCGAAUUGAACGCCAUCAUUGGGCAACAGCAACAACAGGGCCUUCAACAGUUGCUUCAGCAAAUCCACGCGCAGCAGCUGCCCCACGGCGGCGGCGGCGGGCACGGCGGCCCCGGCGGCCUGCCGAUGGGCCCGCACCCGGCCGCCCUGCUGCCCGGCAUGGGCCCCGGGGCGGCGGCGGCGGCCGGCCUGCUGGGCUUCGGCGCCGGGCUGGGCGGGCCGGGCGGGCCGCAUCCGGGGGCGGGCGGCGGAGCGGCGGCGCACGCGCUGCUCAAGCCCGCCGAGAUGCACGGCAGGGAGCCGCAGGAGCUGAAGCGGCCGGCCAGCACGAAUACCGAAGAAAGACUGAACUCUGUUUCUCCCGGUGAUAGGGACAAAUACAGAUCUAGAUCUCCAGCGGAAGUUGACCCGUCAGUAAAAAGGAGGAAAGAAGACAAGCUAGGACGAGAGUUGGGUCGAGACUUAGGCCGAGACUUAGGACGAGACUUGGGUCGAGAUUUGGGUCGAGACUUGGGUCGAGACUUGGGUCAUGACAGUGACGGCGAAAAAAGUGAUCAAGACUUAGUUGUUGACGUUGCCAAUGAGGAAGUGUCGUCUCCUCACACCAAUGGCGAACAUGUAGCUUUAGGUAACCCCAGUGAAAUUAGGGAGAAUGGUAGUACAAGUAGUGAGAAGAUAAAAGUAGAACGGCCUCCCAGUAGAAGUGGAUCUUCUUCAUCUAGGAGUACACCGUCUCUAAAAAGCAAAGAUGAAAAACCCCUGACGCCCGGCUCGAAACCCCGCUCGACGACGCCGAACCUGGGCGGUCCCGCGCCGGCGCCCAAGGCCGUCCACCCCGGCCAGUACCCGCCCUACGCGAUGCCCGGGGCAGGGGGAGGGGGCGGACGGGGGCCGCCCGAGCACGCGAGCCCCUACAACAACGCGGCGCCCUCGCCGUACGGCCGGCCGCCCUUGAUGGCCUACGACGGGCAUCCGCACACGAGGGCGCCGGGCAUCGCGACGAACGGGAUGGGGGCGAUACCGGGCGGGAAACCAGCCUACUCUUUCCACAUGAACGGCGAAGGGCAGCUGCAGCCAGUUCCCUUUCCCACGGACGCCCUCAUCGGGCCGGGGAUACCGAGGCACGCGCGGCAAAUCAACACCCUGAGCCAUGGUGAGGUGGUGUGCGCUGUCACCAUCUCGAAUCCCACCAAGUACGUGUAUACGGGGGGUAAGGGAUGUGUCAAAGUGUGGGACAUCAGCCAGCCGGGGUCCAAGAGUCCUGUCUCGCAGCUGGAUUGUUUGCAACGCGACAACUACAUCCGGUCGGUGAAGCUGCUGCCCGACGGGCGGACGUUGAUCGUGGGCGGCGAGGCGAGCAACCUGUCCAUCUGGGACCUGGCCAGCCCGACGCCGAGGAUCAAGGCCGAGCUGACGUCAUCGGCGCCCGCCUGCUACGCGCUCGCCAUCAGCCCCGACUCGAAGGUGUGCUUCAGCUGUUGUUCGGACGGCAACAUCGCCGUGUGGGACCUGCACAAUCAGACGCUGGUCAGGCAGUUCCAAGGCCACACGGACGGGGCCUCCUGCAUCGAUAUAUCAUCGGACGGAACCAAGUUAUGGACCGGUGGGUUGGAUAAUACGGUGCGAAGCUGGGACCUGCGCGAGGGCAAGCAGCUGCAGCAGCACGACUUCAGUUCGCAGAUCUUCUCGCUCGGCUACUGCCCCACGGGCGAAUGGUUGGCCGUGGGCAUGGAGAAUUCGCACGUCGAAGUGCUGCACGCUGCCAAGGCCGACAAGUACCAGCUGCACCUGCACGAGAGCUGCGUGCUGAGCUUACGAUUCGCCACGUGCGGCAAGUGGUUCGUGUCGACGGGGAAGGACAAUCUGUUGAACGCGUGGCGGACGCCGUACGGGGCGAGCAUAUUCCAGUCCAAGGAAUCGUCGAGCGUAUUGAGUUGUGACAUUUCCACGGAUGACAAAUACAUUGUGACCGGAUCUGGUGACAAGAAAGCGACUGUCUAUGAAGUGAUAUACUAAUAAAGUGACACAAGUGCAAGUGAUGAGGAGAAUUUGAACAGUCAAAAUGAAUAGUGGAGUAUCAUCGAAUGUGUAUCUAAGAAACAAUUUGAUUAAAAAGCACAAUAAUUACUCUUCUAUGAAUAUUUUGUGACACUGAAUGUUUGAAUAGAAUCUACUUCAAGUGUACAUAAGAUAACUUAAGUGGUAUACAGAGGGGGCAUAAUUGUUUUAUAGUUUAGCUUGUCAAACAUUCACUGUUUAUGAUUGAGUAAAAUCCUGUGACUCUGUGACACCCUGUAUAUUUCAAUUAUAGAUAGAGAAGCAAAAGAUUUUUAAAUUAUGUUUUUACUUUAUAGCGAUCGCGAUGGAUAUAUUUGUUAUUUGUUUGAAAAUCAGAAAUAUUGUUGAAAUGUGUGUGAAAUUAGAUGUCUCCGAAAUGGCACAAGUGAUCCAAAUUCAAAUAUAACAUUCAGACUUUCAUUAACUUCUCAAUGUUAUUACGAAACAGAAGAUUAUGUAGCAUAUUUUUCGUAAUUGAAUAAAAAAUAUAUUACAAUUUAUGGAA